AUGCCAACACCGUCGACCACUUUUCUCCAACCCCUUCUUGCUCGUCAAGCCUUACCCCACCCGCUGUCACCUCAUGCUCGUUCAGUUCAGUCUGUUCGGUUCGCUCCGACCACUUUCACCCUCCCGAAAGAUCUCCACCACCCCACCGCAGCCAGUCUUCCUCCCUCAGUAACUAUUACCGCUGGAAACCGUUUUCUUACCUGUAAUUCUCCAACUACUUAAAAAAAUCCUAUCUCCGUUCAGCCUAACAAAGCACCGCGUUAUAUGGAAAAAACCACACGUGCUACUAGCCUCUAGCAGAAUGCUCAGCUCUGUUCAAAGAACCGUCAUGGCGGACGUUCCCCAUCACCGCGAGCAUUACCGCGAUAGGGACGCACCGUCGCCAGUCGUGCUGCCGGCAGGCACGUUCCUCCUCAAAAGUCCCCCGCCAGCUUUAUCCAACACGAAUGGAAACGUCGCGACCGGCGGAAACAACAAUGGCGCAGCAGGGUCCGUGACGGUUCCCGCGGAGUUCGUCUGCCCGCUCUCGCAUCAAGUCAUGGCGGAUCCGGUCGCGACGUCUUCAGGGUACGCGUUUGAGUGGGCCGCGAUACAAGACUGGCUCGAUAGCGGUGAGCGCGACUGUCCGGUAGAAGCGACGCCGCUCGAUCACCUUCGACUAGCCCCGCUUCCCGCGCUGCGAGACCGAAUCGCGGACUUUUGCGACGCUUGGGGAAUCCAGCCCGGCGCGGGUAGCCCUGUCGUGGCAACGGAUGGUGCCGACCUCGUCGGCUACCCUAAAGCUGUCCGUCGGAGCAACAGCAACGAGUGCGCCGCUACGAUGAUUGUCAGUCACCAGCAGCAGCAGCAGCAGCAGCAGCAGCAGCAGGCACACAGCUCACCAAGGCACACCUCCCCAAACCAGAAGCAGACCCGAGUCGCAAACUCUAGCCAGAACCAGCAAUCGCAGCCGCAGCCGCAGCCGCAGCCUCCUAGACGUCCGAUUCUUCGAUCGCGCUCGCAGGCCUCUGCGAUGUCAAUGGGCGGUCCGGGUCUUAAUCCCGUCCUCCAGGGACCAACUCGCAUCGACGACCCCGCCCUUGCCGUCCGCCCAAACGCGGCACGACCAAGCGGCGGCGCCGCUGCCGCAGCGGCGUCGGCGCCGGGAUUCUCGCUCAAUCUCCCCAGCGACUCCUCGUCUUCUGGGUCGCCCCGGAACGGCAACAGCGAGUGCGACUCGCCCACGUGGCUCAUCGCGACGCACCACCGCUCGCGAUCCGUGGCGGAUCUCACGCGCUUCGCCUCUCCGCCGAUUCUGCUCCUCUCCCCGCCGGAGCUCCGCGGCGCAAGGAAAAGCAGAAGCGGUCGCGAUAGUCCCGCAGGCGAUGCCAGCGGCGGCGGUGGCGGAGGCAGCGGCGGAGGCGGAGGGGGAGGGGGAGGGGGAGGAUGCGAUGGCGAGAGCGCGGGGACGCGGGAUGCGCAGAAGCAGCGGAUGCGAGUCGCGCUGGACCGGAUAUUGGGGGACGAUGACGAGAGCGACGACGGCAGCGUGUGGGGGAGCGGCGCGGGAAACACGGGUUCCGCGGCGAAUGGCACGCGUGGUCACGGGCAGGGGCUAGGCCGCGGGCAGCGGCAGGGGUCGAUCGGUAACAGCAAGGAUGGCGAGGGUGGUAACAGGCAGCAGCAGCAGCAGCAGCUGCAACGCGCCAAGGAACGAGUGCCCGUAAACCGAAAUAUCAACUUUUCCCAGCAGCAGCAGCAGCAGCAGCAGCAGCAGCAGCAGCCGGCUUUACAGCCGAAUAUCGCAGCUCGAGGGGGUGGAGGGGGGCUAACUGGCGGGAGAGGCUCAGGCGGAGGCGGCGGAGUGAUGCGCAGCACGAGCGUGUGCCUGGAGGAUAUGAGCGGGAAUUGUAGCGACGGGGUCGAGGGAAGUGUACAGGGCAGAAAAAUAAGCGGAGGGACGGUUAGGUUGAGAAAGGGAGGUCCGGCGAACAAUAGCGAACGGCUGAGUUCUGCUGUAAGGGGGAUGCAGAGCAGUGGGGACCAGCGGCGUUGGAUGCAGCAGCAGCUACAGUCGCAGCAGGGCCAGUUAUCUGGUAGCGGGGGUUCUUGUAACGAAAGGACGAAUCCCAACGCGCGGCAGCAGCAGCAGCAGCACAGCAGAAGCAGCAGCGUCAGCACCAGCGGUUCUAUUAACGGGGGUGGAUUUGCGAACGACGGUUCGCUCCCGCGGUCCCAAUCCGUUUGUAAUAACGGAAAAGCGAACAGUAACUACAGUAAUACCAAUAGCAGCAGUAACUGUAUUAACGUGGGAAGAACAAAUAGCGACGGCCGCAGCAGCAGCAGCAGCCUGCACCAGUCCCCCAGCAAGUGGCGACAACGAAGUAACAGUGUGAGUGAUACAAUAACGGGUCCUUUUCUAAACGGGGACGAGGAGGAGGAGGAGGAAGGAGAGGAAGGGGAAAGGGGCCUCUAUGGGCUUGACGAAGGAGGGAAGCACACUGCAGCAAUGGCAGCAGCAGCAGGGAGAGGAGGCGCCGGAGCAGGAACAGGCUGGGGAGGUCUACCUGGAGCAGGUGUGCCUGGUGCAGGUGUAUCUGGCGCACCGGCAGCAGCACGAGUCCGCUCAGCUGCUAAUGCGGGGAGCACCAGUGGGGCAAGGGGGGCCGGUGGCGGAAGAAAAUUCGGGGGACUCCGCCGCGCCUCCUCUCUGCACUCCAGCGUGAUGGGGGAAGGCGGGAGGGGGAGGGGAGGCGCAGGGGACGGGGAAACUUUGCCUGGGCGCUCGCAGUCACAGCCACGGGGGGGGGAGUUCCAAGAAAUGCUGAUAGGAUUGAGAGGGAAAGGGGAGCGGGGGGGGGAGGAGAGAAUGGUGAGUGGAGGGUGGAGGGACCUUCCUGGGGGUAGUGGAGGAGGAGGAGGAGGAGGAGGAUCAGGAGGAAACAUGGCAGGAAGGGGUUUCCAUGGUAGUGACUCUGUGUUUGUAGAGCAGCAGCUGGAGGAGGGGGAAGAGGGGGAGGAGCAGCAGCAGCAGCAACGGUGGCAACAGCAGGUGCAGCAGGUGCAGCAGGUGCAGCAUCAGCAGAUGAAGCAGCAGCAGCAGUGCCGCAUUCCCAGGUCGAUUUCAAGUAGUGCGUCUGCCCUUACCCAGCCGCUCUAUCCGUCCUCCUCCUCCGCCUCGUCCACCUCCUCUCCCUUCAGAGGAGGAAAGAGCCCCUCUGUCGACAUGUCCUGCUCUGUCUCCCCUCCUCCCUCCUCCUCCUCCUCCUCCCCUCAACACCCUCUCGUGUACCCACAUCCGCAAGAGAAGCAGUCUCAACAUCGCCAGCAGCAGCAGCAGCAGCAGCAGCAACAGGGUCCUUCACGGUUCCAUCAUAUCCAUCGCUCAAAAUCCGUGCAGUCCGAUUGGGCAACAACGGGUGACGGAGGCUCGGCAAGCGAGCGAGGCUUGGCAGCGCCUCACCACCUGGCAGAGCCUCAGUCCCAGGUUCGGCGGCCAAGGACCCCAACAGGUCCGGAAGGCAGGGCGACAGUAACGAUGUGCCGAUCCCGCAGCACUGUGCUUCGGCCAGGGCAACCAGGCUCGGGAAUGAUCGCAGGCUUGGGAGUAACAGUAAGGACGAGACGGGGAGAAGGGCAGAUGCCAAGGCAGGGGCAGGUGCAGGGGCAGGUGCAGGGGCAGGUGCAGGGGCAGCAGGGGCAGGGGCAGCAGGGGCAGGGACUGCACAGGACAUUCUCUGUGCCUGUGCGCGCUGAUUCAGAGGCAGAGGGAGCAGGAGGCAGAGGGGCAGGAGGAGCAGGAGGGGCGGGAGGGGUGGCGCUGCUAGCAAGGCCAGGGACAGCCUCCUCUGGAACAACAGGUAGUCUGAGGGCCGAGGGGGGUGUGGGGAAGGCCGUCAGGGCAGCUGGAGCAUUGACCAGGGGGAGGAUGGUGAGAAUGGAGAGCGGGGAUGAGGAAAGUGAGUGGUCUGAUUCCCCUGAGCAAUCGAGGAAAAGAGCGGGGAUGGGAGCGGGUGGAGGGGGGUCCGGACAGGUGCCAAUGGCCUCUGGGCGGUUGCAGCCGCAGCGGGUACAGGGGCAGCGGCAGACAGGGCAUAGCCCAGACAAGCGGCAACAGCAGCAGAUGCAAGCACAACAGCAGCAGCAGGCAUUGCAGCAUGCAAUGGAGGAGGAGGAGCAGCAGAGCUACGACCCCAGCGACGUGUGGUCUCUGCUGGCCCACAUGUCCAAGGGCCCCAUCUCGCACCGUCGCAGCGCUGCCGCCAACCUCCGCGCCCUGCUCAAGGGCAGCUCCCAGACCAAAGCCGAGUUCCUCGAAACCGGUGCAGUGGACUUCCUAGUAGACGCUCUGCUCCAAACCGCCGACGGGAAAGUGCGCGAGCAUGCGGUUACUGCACUCUUCAAUGUGGCGUUACACCCGGGUGCGACGCCGGCGCUCGUGGCAUGCGGGGGGAUCGAGGCCGUUGUGGAGGUGCUGCGGAGGGGGGGGUCCAUGGGCACGCGAGAGAAUGCCGCGGCUACGCUCUUCAACCUCUCUAUCGCCGACGGGGCAGCUGAGAAGGUCAGAGCAGCCGGCGCCGUGCCUCUACUCGUCGAUCUGCUCCGCACGGGGAGCACGAGGGGGAGGAAAGACGCGGCCCUCGUGCUGUUUAAUCUGUCUAGGGAUGAGGAUGGUGCAAAGGAGCUGGUAGGCGCGGGAGCGGUGGAGGUGCUUGUUGACCUGUUGACGUUCCGAGAGGUGGGGCUGGUGGAAAAGGUUAUGGCCGUGACAGCCAAUGUGUGCCGCAGGGAGGACGGGUGUAAGAGGCUGCUGGCUGUGGGGCAGCCUGGGUGCUGUUGUGCUGCUGCUGCUGCUGCUGCUGCUGCUACUGGUGGUUCUGCUUCUGCUUCUGGGGGUACUGCUACUUUGGCGGGCAAGUGCGACCGCGGCGGGAGUAGCAGCAGCAGCAGCAGCGCGCAGUGCCAUGGAGUGGACGCGAUAGCAGCGCUGGUGGAGCUGGUGGAAGAGGAGGAGUCUCAGCGGACAAGGGAGGACGCAGUCAUGACACUGCUCAUGCUCAUGCACACUAGCCAAGACCUCGACGCACAGAAAGCCACCGGCCACCGGCACAGCAGCGAAAGCAGCAGCACCAGCAGCAACAGCAGCAGCGGUGGCAUCGGCAUUGGCAUCGGCAGUGGUGGCAGCGGUGGCGGCAGCUGUGCUUGCUGCUGCGGUGAGAAGCACAGCAGAAUGAGUGCAAGCUGUGCUGCGAGGAUGGUAGAGGAAGGGGUGAUAGGUGCACUGCAACGAGCUAUGGAAGGGCCGGCCUUCUCCUCCCGUGCGUGUGUUAAGGCACGGGCACUUCUCGACAUUCUCACAGGCUCGCACGGCAAGCCGCCCUGCCUUUCCCCUUCUUCCCCACUCAACCCAACUAUGGUUAUUGGACGCUAGGGUCCUGUAACGAGUAAUAUGCAUGGGCAAUGAGCCCAUACUGAUACAUGCCGGCUUGACAAUGAGCUUACCGGCAAGUUUACCUGUAUGGUGGUGGUACAGGUCUAGUUUUUGUUCUCCCAUUGCGAGAUGCUGGGGUUGAAGGGUGCUAAAGGACUCGCAGCAUCAUGUGGUGCCAGUGGUAAUGGAAACUCAUGAUUAUAGAUGGAUGGCGAGGCGAAACCUAUGAUUCACCAUUUUUGCCCCGACAGUAGACAUUGGUGUUUACUAGUAGGGUGUUUCCUUAUAUCGUGACAUCCUAUUUA